AUGCCUGUCGCCCCUCGCUCAAAAGGCCACCGCGCCACUCGAAGCCGCUGGACCCCGCCGUCGCCGGAGCACCACCACCACCCGGACCUCGUCGCCUCCUCCCGUGCGUCGUCACCGUCCCCGACAUCCUCCCCGCGCCCACUGCCAUAUCCCUACGGCCCCCGUGAGCUCCCCCCUCCUCCUUUCUCCCUCGCGCGCACGCGCUCACACCGUGGCCUCCUCCCCGGGCCCCGUCCCCGCUCGCGCUCGUUCGCCUGGCCGCCAUCUGCUGUCCGCCCCUGCUCGCGCGCUCCGGUGCCCCGCUGCCCGCUCCGUCCUGCCGCCCCUCCCGCUCGGCGUGCUCGCCGGCUGCUUCUCGUGCCCGCUGCGCCGCCGCCUCCCGCUUCCAUCGCGGCCACCCGCAGCCGCCACCGCGCCACUGGCCGUCGUCGCUCCAGCCAGCUUGCGCCCGGCUCCGCCCGGCCCCGCAGCUCCCCGCGCCUCGCCCCACGCCUGCCUGUCGUGGCCGGCCCGCGCUCGCUCGCGUGCUCCCCGCGCCGUCCACGACCCGCGCGCCCACUCCACCCGGUCGCGCCGCGCCCCCCUGUCGCCCCGCCUCCUGCCUUGGCUCCGUCGUGCCAUGCCUCACCGGGCCGCCCCCUCUCUUGUUGCCACUGCUCCACGCCGGCGCCCUGCAGCGGCCGCUCGGCCCCCGCCCGGUUCGGGCGCCAGCACGCCCUCGCGCCCUCGAAGAAGGUGUUUCUUGAGAAUGGCCAAGAAGUUGGUUUCAGGCAGUGUGAGACGGCGGUGGUCCGCAAUAGAGUCCAUUUCAAGGAUUGCUUUGUUGGUGUUGUCAAUGGCGACUUUGAGGCGGGAAAUCUUUUUACUCCACUGCGAGAGCGCAUGGCGAACAGACUUAAGCUUUUGGCAGAGUCUGGAGGCAGCAUUCGAGGUUUUUCCAUGGCGAAUAGGUUGUUCCAAGCCUGCUCAACAAUGUCCAUGAACCCAGGGUGCGCGAUCCAGUAG